GCCUGACAACCGUCAUCAGUCUCCGUCGCUGAAACAUGUCUCUCAUCGCUGACUGCUUUCGCCGUCUGACGGACAUCUCGUCCUGCAAAAGCGAGCUCAAAGGCUACAAAGUGACCGAUGUGAAUCGUACACGAAAAAUUGGUAUUGCCUGCCGAAAUUUUCAUGAUUUGAAACAGAAGGCGUGUUUAAAGUUAAAUGUAACUAACGACCCAACGGAAGUGAAUGUCUUCCUUUUAGACGGAUCAUUGAUCGAUGAAGAAUAUUUUCGUACACUAGAACCACAGACUACUUUGAUCUUGCAAAAGCCUGGGGAAAAAGUAUUAUCCGAUGCGGACAUUCUCUAUGAAGCACUGAGACGCGUGAACAUUGAUUUCCUCACUGCCGGCGACAGGGUGACGCAAUUCCUGACGGAGAAUCUUAAAGGAAAAGUCGCUUUGUUGAACAAAGUAUUGAACAAGGAUGACUCUAAGACAGCGCUUAGUACGAGGGAGGAACAUCCGGAGUGGUUUGAAAAUUUGGAAACCAAUUGCAUGACGAAGGAAGCAUACAUGCAUCGCAGAUGUCAGGAUAGAAUACGUACUUAUCUUUACAAAACGAUUGAGCAAAUUAAAUGCUCGGACGUGUUCAUGAACGAUUACAAGGCGAGGCAACAGCUUCUGCAUACAAUAGCAUUCUUCAAACUUCAGCUCAAGCAUGAUCACUAUUUCGGGUAUUAUUUUGAUAGGAGCAGAGCGGAGUAUGACACUAAAAGCGACAGUGAUGAGAUCGAUUAUGGUCGAUGUUACGAACACUGUCCCUGCAAUUUUAGUCGUAUUAACGAUGAAACAUAUCUUCGUCAACGGUAUCUCCGUUUACCUCAGUCGUCUAAUACUAACUCAACUGCUGAUUCAGAUAAGGUUGACGAGACGGACGCAAGGAAGUGCCUCGCGUCUGAGAAAAAUGCGAAAACGGCGAAUGACGAUUCGGAGAGCUGUCCUUAUCGCGUGAAACUGCGAGAAAAGCAAAUUGCUAUUUGCAACAAGAAGGGCGAAUUCAAAUGUGAAGGUCGGUGGAACACCGAUGGCUGUCCCUACGGCGACAGACACAAGAUUAAUCCAUACAGAUCCAAGGAGGAUCUUGUCUUAUUCUCUACAUGGAAUUUGGAUCACAAAAUUGAAAGAUCCAGGACGCUUAUUCCAAAGUUGCUGCAGAUCUCGCGACAAGACACGAUUAAUGAAGAGGAUAUUUACGACUGUUAUGACAAUCUGUUUACUGUGAAGAAUUUAAGACUAGUCCAUAUCGUAUGCCACGAUAAAGGAUCGCAUAAAUAAGCACUAAUUCUGGGAGCUAAUAGGGAUUUGGCACAUAUGUUACGCUUCUAAAAGUGCCAAUCGUAUACAUGAAUGCUAAAGAAUAAUCGUACACUUAAAUGAAAUGAUUCACUCAUAUGUAAUACAUGUAGAGCGCGCGCGCGAUCUCUUCAGA